CUGAAUGGUGAGUCAAAGGAGGAGACGCUGAAUCUGAAUAUGUUUUGAAUAGCUUCUUGACAAUGGUCCUCUUCAAAAAGCACAGCUCAAAGAUGCUGUGCUACCGUACAAUCAACAUCGAGAAGAGGCUGUAGGUGAUUCACACCUUUUCGGCUUGGAAACAGGUGACUUAGUAGUAGACUGCUGUCCUUGGCUGAGCGCUGCCUCGCCACAUCGAUGGCGCAAAAGGACCAUGUCGACCAUGUCUCCUUGCUCCAGAUGCCUGAGCACGCUUUUCUGAUGAUUCAAGCAGCUGCUGGAGAUCCUUCUAGUGUGUGUGCUUUGGAGACUCUUGCACGGUCUGUUCCACGGCCAACGGAGCUAGCAUGGUCAGCUGUUCUAGAGGAGCUCUUCCCCUCGUUGUUUCUGAGGCUCGUCGGCGAGGAAUUCUCAGGGAGCUUCAAGCAGGUCUACGCCCGCCGUGCUCGUCGAGCAGAAGAAUGGCGCCGCCGCAAGAGAGUGCCAGCAGACGAGAAGACCGAAAAGCAGCUUUACACCGCUUUGCCAGCGCCCACCAAGAAACCACACAAUAAGCUGCUUUUUGCCGACAACCGGCAGGGGCCGCUAGCUGACAGCACUUUAGGUUUGAAGGCUUGCGGCCGCUGUGGCGAGAAGUAUACCCCAUCAACCAAUCGCACGGGCCAUUGCCGCUAUCACGAGGGCGUGCUGCUUCCAUUCGGCCCAGAGUCUGCCAGUAUGACCCGCAAGGACCAACAGCAGAUCAACAAGUGUGGUCGAUUCGCUUUGCGAAAGUGUGGCGGGGUGGCUGGGCGCCGAUCCCGCAGAGGAGGUCAUUGGUCUAAAGGCUUGGGAUUGCCUGCGACGCUGGCAGGAAAGGUCAUGGUGUGGGAAGAUGUUUGUGUGGCGCCUGGCGAGGUUCUCUGCGCAUGGUCAUGCUGCUCCCAAGUUGGUUUGUUUGCUGAUGGCUGCACAAGUGGCAGUCACAGGCCUUCAUAACGGAUGCAGCCAAUCUUUGUACAUAGAAGACCUCUGGCAGGGAGCCUCCUACUAUGCGACAAAUUGGCAAGCUUGAAGUCGAUCUUUGGUGAUUUCCAAAUGGGACCAUUGAUCUUCGCUUGCCGAACAGCACUGGCAUGCUUGAUAAACAAGCGUGCAGUUGCCAAUGCAAAUUGUUUGAGUAAUAUUUGAUAUUUUGAUCCGUUUGCUGUCAUUGUUUGGUUUGCUGCUGCAACAGUCAGUCCAUAGACAAAGAUGCAACUGCGGCU